AUGGAAACAGCAGUGAUGCACUUUGUUUACUAUUUGUUGAUAUCAAUUUGUUGGUGCAGUGGCAACAUGGGGCAGGCUAUUGAAUUACCUAACUACACACCCAUACUCUCUCGGUCAGAUUUUCAGAUUAGACUCUACAAUGAAUCCACAUGGGUAUCAGCCCGUGUUUCUGGAACUUCCUUCGACCAGUCCUACAAAAUUGGAUUUCAAAGGCUAUACCAGUAUAUCCAUGGCGCGAAUUCCAAUUCUUCAAAAAUUGCAUUUACUGCUCCAGCCUUAACGAGUGUGCCGUCUUCAUCGUCACCCUCUGGGAAUGCCUAUAUUGUAAGAAUAUUCAUAUCAACUCGUUUUCAUGGGAAACCUCCGUUGCCCAAUCCUGAACUCAAGCUGCGGAUAGAGAAGUGGAAAAGUCAGUGCAUAGCAGUUAGGAAGUUCGGUGGGUAUGCGAAUGAUGAUGAUAUUAACAAAGAAAUCGAAGCUCUUCUAACUACCCUAAACAACCAAUCCAUAACAAUACAAGAUACCGACUCCUAUAUCAUUGCCAACUACAAUGCUUCCUCUCAUAAUACUACUCAACGCUUGAAUGAAGUGUGGAUAAAUGUGUCGGGAAUUGGGACCCAGUGCUGACUGAGUGUUGUUUUUCGUUUAAGUGCAGUAUCUUGUUUUUGUGUCAUUGUGCUUCAAAUGGCUUGUGUCAAUGAUAUCAUGUGUGAAAUGUCU